CUCCGAGUGUCCUCCGAGGAGGGAGGCUUCCUCACUUGGUGGGGAGCCUGGGCAAAGAUGUCUAGGGGCCACAUCCGACACUUCACUGCUCUUGGUCUCCACACGAAGGGUCCUGGGCAUUCAGAGUCUGCUCAUUAGAUUGUGCCCUUGGAAUAGUCGCGACCGCAUGCCGUGAGUGGUGUGCUUUCUGUCUUUGGGAUCAUGGAAAAUUCUUGUCUCAUUCAGAGCCCAGACACUCCAGGCCAACUCCCUUCAUCUAUCUAUUUCAGGAAUAUGGCUUUUUCUGCUUAUUCACUUCAUGGUACGUUUUGGGUGGAGAUGACCCCUCUUUUAACCCAGAUCACAGACUCCAGGUCACAGAUGCCUCAGAGCUAAGAAAGCUGGAGGAUUUCUGCAGGCUAUUUGGGAUGCAUCUGCCUUGGCCAACACUGGAGACUCAUCGGGCUUCUAGGAACAUGUUUCCGGACUCAAAACUCAGAGCAUCCCCUCUGUAACCUGCUCUUCGUGUUAGGCUGCGAGACCCCGGGAGAAAACUGCUCUGACUUCUCAACAGUUCCUCUGCCUGACCUGCUAUUCCUAGGAGUUUCCAUAGCUUGAGCCUACUAGGAAACAAGUAAAAUUAGAAACAGAUUAAAAUACUGCAUCGGCAACAAAUUAGAUGACAAUGGUGUGAUCACUCCCUUGGAAGACAUUUCUAGCUGGAUAUUCAGGGUCCAGGGCUAUGUGGAGAAAGACCCUAAGACCAAGGGUCCAGCCAACCCCAAGGGGGUGUUGGCCCUGGCAGGUGUCCCAGCGGCUUUCACCUUGGCAGGUGGGAGCAUGACCUGUCGUGUGCGGUUCCUGGCGGGCUAUACAUAGCCAAAGCUUCUUACAAGUGAAACCUCUUUCGCACCCUCCACGGGUCCCUCCCGCAGGUCAGAGGACUGGCUGUAAAUCCCUGAACAUUGUCUCACCCGAGAAGGGGACACAGCCAGCAGCCCUCCAGCCCUCCGGCGCUUUCCGUGGGAGUGCACCCCGUGCUCAGCCAUGGUGGACAUGGGGGCCCUGGACAACCUGAUCGCCAACACAGCCUACCUGCAGGCCCGGAAGCCGUCGGACUGCGACAGUAAGGAGCUGCAGCGGCGGCGGCGCAGCCUGGCCCUGCCCGGGCUGCAGGGCUGCGCGGAGCUCCGCCAGACGCUGUCCCCGAACUUCCACAGCCUGUGCGAGCAGCAGCCCAUCGGCCGCCGCUUCUUCCGAGACUUCCUAGCCACGGUGCCCACAUUCCACGAGGUGGCGACCUUCCUGGAGGACGUGCAGAACUGGGAGCUGGCCGAGGAGGGGCCCACCAAGGACAGCGCGCUGCAGGGGCUGGUGGCCACUUGUGCGAGUGCCCCUGCCCCGGGGAACCCACACCCCUUCCUCAGCCAGGCCGUGGCCACCAAGUGCCAAGCAGCCACCACCGAGGAAGAGCGAGUGGCUGCAGUGACGCUGGCCAAGGCUGAGGCCAUGGCCUUCUUGCAAGAGCAGCCCUUUAAGGAUUUCCUGGUCAGCCCCUUCUAUGACAAGUUUCUGCAGUGGAAACUCUUUGAGAUGCAACCAGUGUCAGACAAGUACUUCACUGAGUUCAGAGUGCUGGGGAAAGGUGGUUUUGGGGAGGUAUGUGCCGUCCAGGUGAAAAACACUGGGAAGAUGUACGCCUGCAAGAAACUGGACAAGAAGCGGCUAAAGAAGAAAGGUGGCGAGAAGAUGGCUCUCUUGGAAAAGCAAAUCUUGGAGAAGGUCAGCAGCCCUUUCAUUGUCUCUCUGGCCUAUGCCUUUGAGAGCAAGACGCAUCUCUGCCUUGUCAUGAGCCUGAUGAACGGGGGAGACCUCAAGUUCCACAUCUACAAUGUGGGCACGCGCGGCCUGGACAUGAGCCGGGUGAUCUUCUACUCAGCCCAGAUAGCCUGUGGGAUGCUGCACCUCCAUGAACUGGGCAUCGUCUACCGGGACAUGAAGCCUGAGAACGUGCUUCUGGACGACCUCGGCAACUGCAGGUUAUCCGACCUGGGGCUGGCCGUGGAGAUGAAGGGAGACAAGCCCAUCACCCAGAGGGCUGGAACCAAUGGUUACAUGGCUCCUGAGAUCCUAGUGGAAAAGGUAAGUUAUUCCUAUCCUGUGGACUGGUUUGCCAUGGGAUGCAGCAUUUAUGAAAUGGUUGCUGGACGAACACCAUUCAAAGAUUACAAGGAAAAGGUCAGUAAAGAGGAUGUAAAGCAAAGAACUCUACAAGACGAGGUCAAAUUCCAGCACGAUAACUUCACAGAGGAGGCAAAGGAUAUUUGCAGACUCUUCUUGGCUAAGAAACCAGAGCAACGUUUAGGAUGCAGAGAAAAGUCUGAUGAUCCCAGGAAACAUAAUUUCUUUAAAACGAUCAACUUUCCUCGCCUGGAAGCCGGCCUAGUCAAACCUCCAUUUGUGCCAGACCCUUCGGUGGUUUAUGCCAAAGACGUCGGUGAAAUUGAUGAUUUCUCUGAGGUUCGGGGGGUGGAAUUUGAUGACAAAGAUAAGCAGUUUUUCAAAAGCUUUGCAACAGGUGCUGUUCCUAUAGCGUGGCAGGAAGAAAUUAUAGAAACAGGACUGUUUGAGGAACUGAAUGACCCCAACAGACCUACGGGUUGUGGGGAGGGUAAUUCAUCCAAAUCUGGCGUGUGUUUGUUAUUGUAAAUUGCUCUUUACCAGACAGGCAGCAGGAGUCUCGGCUGAUAUAAUCUUCGAAUGUUCCCAACACAUGGUAAUCUGUGGAAUGAGGGCUAAUCAGUUAGGAGGGACAUUGCAACCACAGAACAGUCCAAAGGACAGGCAGGCUCACUACUAGACACAUUUCUUUUCUUUUUCUUUCUUUCUUUUUUUCAUAAAGAAGAGUAAAGUCUCAGUUUUGACUGAGGGCUGGGAAAAGAAACACUCAGGUUUAUUUUGAUAAACUAAAAGCAUCAGCCUUUUACCAACGUGUCCCUGUGUAUUACGCAAAGUCCUGGGAACAGAGAAUGGAACUUUGUGGUGUGCCCAGAAAAUGAGCAUUUGCAAUUCUUAGUAAAUAAUCAUUUUAGUCUUUCUUUGUUUAUGUUUUUUUUCCCUUCAUCUUUCUUCUGCUUCUAUCCAUAUAACAAGGAUUUUGAAGCUGGAAAUAAAUGUCCCUGACAUUCUCCCCCUAAAAAGGAGUGGAUUACAAUAUUUUGGCAAUGUUUUAGAUCACAGAAUAAUUUUCAAUUUCACUGACAGAUUCUUUUACAAAUUUUUGGAAAUAACUUACUAUCAUAAUGUUGAAGCAUUUUAAAUGUAAACAUCCAUGAGGUCCAUGAAUUAAAGUAUUCUGUAAAUUUAGUUGAGUCCUUUAAGUAAUAUGCUACAAAUUGCUUAAAGUUGAACUACCAAAUGCCGUCGGUUCCCAAACCUGCCGAACUUUGGAAUCAUCUAGGGGUCUUUUAAAAACUGAAUGCCUGACUCCCACCCCUAGACAUCCUGAUCCCCACUCCCGGGUAUGGAAACAGCAUGACCAUUUGGAUUUUUCCGAAGCUCCCCAGGUGAUUCUAAUAUGCAGCAAAGUUUGGCAGGCGCUGCCAUGCACAUUUGAAUGUUAAUACAUUCAAUCUCAUUUUGGUUGCUCAAAACUUCAAUCAUACAUUUUGAUGGCAACUUUUCAAAUGUCCCCAAAGCAUGUCAUUUUACCAAUGGCAGUAUAAAUGAACAAGACAAUCUGUAUGCAUCUUACAGCUUCUCUCAUCCUUGCACACUUGAGUUUCUCCCACAUAUCUUGGGAGCUUGGUCUCUUGGCUAUUUCAAGGCCUGAAGGAGACCUGUGGGCUUAGAAAUUGAAUCGAACAAAUAGUAGCCCUCAUUUCAAGUGGCUGCUCAGCCAGCAUUGUAUGGUAGAAUUAGCACUUCUCAAAAGCACAGCCAAGGUGAGAAUUCUACAGCUGCAAAAAAUAUUUGGAUACAAAUAUAAAGCUGGGUGUUAUUUUUUUAAAAGGAUGUAUGUGUGCAUAAUAAAAUCUAAUUUGUCCCAGUGGUAAAAAACUUGGCUGAAGUCAAUUUAAAAGUUUUGUCCCUUGAGUAAGGAAUUCAAGAGCUGCAAAAGUAUUGGUUAAAAAAAAAAAAAAAAGAUGUUGAUUAGCCAGGCACGAUGGCUCACAUUUGUAAUCCCAGCACUUCGGGAGGUU